AAGCCAAGCAAAGCCGUCUUAUUUUUCUCUAUCUUCAACCAACGAGUUUCAUUGAGUUCUCAGAAAAGCUCUCUCCUUUUCGGUUCGUUUCCACAAGGAAAAAAAAAAUGGCAAGGAGUUACUUCAAGCAAGAGCAUGAUCUUGAGAAGAGACGCGCGGAGGCUGCUAGGAUUAGGGAGAAAUACCCUGAUAGGAUUCCGGUUAUUGUGGAGAAGGCAGAGAGGAGUGAUAUCCCAAGCAUCGAUAAGAAAAAGUACCUUGUUCCGGCUGACCUGACAGUGGGACAAUUUGUGUAUGUCAUCCGCAAAAGGAUUAAAUUGAGUGCUGAAAAGGCAAUCUUUAUAUUCGUGGACAAUGUCCUUCCACCCACAGGUGCUAUCAUGUCUGCCAUAUACGAGGAGAAGAAGGAUGAAGAUGGAUUUCUCUAUGUUACUUACAGUGGUGAAAACACAUUCGGCCAUCAGAUUCCACUGUAGCCUUUGAUUUUUACCGCCUUCUUUCUUUUGCAUUUUCACCGUAUUUCAUUUGCUUGUUCCCAUCACCAGUUUCAGGAUAAUUUGGUUAUUGUGCCUAUAUACGAAAACCUAGCCUGUGGUUUCCGUGCAAAGGUAUAUAUAUGUGUACAGGUUGAAACUCUUUUAAGAACCAGCUGAAUGUUGAAUUACCUGCUGUUCGCUUUUAACAAUCAA